AUGAACCCUGUUGAUUCUUCCGAUCACUUUGAAGCUGAUACCGCUGCAUCACUCCUAACCAUUGUGCUCGACACCAACCCGCACGCUUGGGCCCUGCUAGAAGACACCCUCCCACUCUCCACAGCUGUCGCCAAUCUCCUCGUCUUCGUCAACGCCCAUCUCGCUUGCAACUAUGCGAACAAGGUGGCUGUUGUCGCCAGCCACUCCCAGGAGGCCCGAUGGCUGUAUCCGACCCCAACCACAGCCUCAUCCAACACAAACCAAGAUGAGCCAGCAGACACAGACGGAGACGUCGCCAUGUCUUCCACAACAGGCGAAAGCCCAGCAUCCAACAAAUACCGCCCCUUCCGCAUCGUCGAGGAGCAACUAACCCGCAACCUCAAAGCCCUCCUCGCCACAACCUCCCCGGCCUCCGUCAGCUCCGCCACCUCGACCAUGAUGGCCGGCGCUCUCACCCUUGCCCUGAGCCACAUAAACCGCGAGACAAUCGCCUACGCCGAAACCCACGGCACUUCCAGACUCGACAGCGAUCCUUCCAAUCCCACCCCGACGGCCACCGGCCUCCCUCCACCACCAGGCUCCCACCCAGACCCAACCUCACAAUCAUCCCGCUCCUCCCCGACCGGCCUCCAGUCCCGCAUCCUCAUAAUCUCCGUAAGCAGCGCCACGGGCUCAGCCCACCAGUACAUCCCUAUCAUGAACAGUAUCUUCGCCUGCCAGCGCCUGCAUAUCCCCAUCGACAUCUGCAAACUCUCCGGCGAUGCCGUCUUCCUCCAGCAAGCCUGCGACGCCACCCGCGGCAUCUACGUUCCCGUAGACCACCCCCGCGGAUUCCUACAGUACCUCAUGGUGGCUUUCCUCCCGGACCAGCGCUCACGGCGACAUCUGAUCCUGCCCACGCGCGUUGACGUUGACUUCCGCGCCGCCUGCUUCUGCCACCGGAAGGUCGUCGAUGUGGGCUUCGUCUGCAGCAUUUGCCUGAGCAUCUUCUGCGAGCCUCCAGAGGGCGCGGACUGUCUGACCUGCGGUACUCACUUGGAGUUGGGAGAUUACGGUGCGAAGCCGGUUGUCAUCGCGAAGAAGAAGAAGCGUAAAAAGGGUGCUACAAAGGCCCUCGUCGCAAAUGGAGGCUCGUCUGGCGGAGCGACUCCAAUUUCUAAUCCAACAUCAACACCUACUUUACCUUAG